ACAGGCAGGUCACAGUUCAUAAAUACUGCAGUGUGCGCGCUGUCGCUGGAGGGUUUUAACGUUAAAUUGGAGCAGGAGGAGGUUCAGCUUUAAUUUUAUACGGAAAUAUGGCUUCUAAUUCAGGCUACGGGCAGCCUGGAGCCCCACAAAGCUAUGGAUCUUAUGGUGGAUCCCAGGGCUAUCAACAUGGUGGGCAGGGUUAUGGUCAAGGUAAUGGAGGCAGCUCAUAUAGUGGACAGAGUUAUGAGGGUUAUGGACAGUCGGAGAGUUACAGUCAGACAUCGCAAAGCUACCCUGGUUAUGGACAGCAACAGCAGAGCUAUGAAGGUUACGGGCAGCAAGGCUCUGAAUCUUCAUCGGGGUAUGGAGACAAGUCUUACGGACAGCAGGGUUCUUAUGGUCAACAAAGCUCUUAUGGGCAGCAGUCUGAAGGAGGACAUGGCCAGUCUGGAGGAUCAUAUGGAGGUCCAUCAGGAGGUUAUGGAAGGCGUAAUGAAGGUGAAAGCAGGCGGUAUGGUGGUGAUGGUGAUGAUGGAGGCGACCGGUCUGAGGGGUACAGGGGUAGAGGGCGUGGUGGCUACGAUCGUGGAGGCUAUGAUCGUGGAGGCUUUGACCGCGGGGGUUACGAUCGUGGUGGCUUUGACCGAGGUGGAAGAGGAGGAGGCCCGCCCUCUGGUGUGGGUGGUGGUGACCGUGGUGGCUACAAAAAUUACGGUGGACCCAGAGACUAUGGUCAAAGGGAUGAUGCAGGUGAAGAACAGGACAACUCUGACAACAACACAAUCUUUGUCCAAGGCCUUGGAGAGGAUGUGACAACUCAUGAAGUUGCUGAAUUCUUCAAACAGAUUGGAAUUAUUAAGGUGAAUAAAAAGACUGGCAAACCUAUGAUUAACCUGUACACUGACAAAGCCACUGGUAGACUGAAGGGUGAAGCCACAGUCUCAUUUGAUGACCCUCCUUCUGCUAAAGCUGCCAUUGAGUGGUUUGAUGGCAAGGAGUUCAAUGGAAAGCCCAUUAAGGUGUCCUUCGCCACCAGACGUGCAGAGUUCUCCCAGAGAGGUGGAGGGAGAGGACGUGGAGGUUUCAGAGGUCGAGGAGGCUUUGGUGGAGGCCCCAGUUUUGAUGUUAAAGGAGGAGACUGGCUUUGUCCCAACAGCUCUUGUGGAAACAUGAACUUUGCCCGGAGAUACGAAUGCAACAAAUGUGGUGCACCAAAACCUGGAGACAGUUUUGGAGACCGUGGUGGUAGAGGAGGCUACAGUGGUGACCGUGGAGGUUUCAGAGGUGGAAGAGGUGGUUUCAGAGGUGGAGACCGCGGCGGUUAUGGUGGCGAUCGCGGUGGCUAUGGUGGCGGAUACAAGAUGGGAGGAAGAGGGGAGCACAGAGAGGAAAGAAGAGACCGGCCCUACUAAAGGAUUACAGUGGACUUCAUUCUAACCAAGGAAGCUGGGGAGGGAGGGGAUGUAAUAUGGGGAAUAAAGUAAAGGAUGGGUCCAUUUUUCCACAGUCUACAUAACUUUUUCGCCAGAGCGUCUCUUGUGUAUUGCUUCCAGUGGCUGUUCUUGUCCAGUACGAUCACUGUCCGUCUACUGUUUAUGGACUCUGGUUUGAGAUGAGGGGGGGCAUGACGGGGGUGGGAGGGAGGGAUGGAAGGGUGCUAGAGGUGAUUUCCUAUUUUUGUUACUUCCUUUUAAUUUUCCUGACCCGGUAGAAUUCACGUUUCGUGUGUGGUAGACAUGUUAACAAGUGUAUCAUUGUUUUUUUUUGUUUUUUUUUUUUUUGUAAGACUUAAAUGAACUGUUUUACUUGGGAUUUUCCUUUUUGGAAGUGAUAUUAAACAUGAUUCUAAUCUUA